AAAAUAAUCAGCUUGGUGUCUCUCAACAACACCAACACCAACACCAACACCACCACCACUUUCUUCUUCUCCAUUCUUCUACCUAAAACCUCUCUCAAUCAUUCUCUCUCCGAAUCCAUAAACCCAAAACCACCACAACGGAUCAAAGAUCAAUCCCUUUAUAUAUAUACAACCCAACCCCUGAGGUCGCAUGACCUUACGAAGCUUAAUCCUUGAGAUGCGCUCGAGGUCGCAUCGUGUGGUGCACGACCUCGCCUCCGCCGCCGACUCGACUCCCCCCGCCUCAUCUGAAUCUAAUCGCUGGUCAGACAUCCCAGAGGAGCUUUUGAGGGAAAUUCUCAUCAGGGUCGAGGCUGCCGACGGUGGCAAUUGGCCGUCGCGACGCAGCGUGGUGGCUUGUGCCGGAGUCUGCCGCGGAUGGCGGCUGCUUAUGAACGAAACCGUCGGCGUCCCUGAGAUCUCUUCUAAAUUGACUUUCCCCAUCUCCCUCAAGCAGCCUGGUCCAAGGGAGUCUCUGGUUCAGUGCUUCAUCAAACGUAACCGAGCUACGCAAUCAUACCAUUUGUAUCUCGGAUUAACCAACUGUGAGCAUCUUCAUCUCUUUAACUUGUUCUUAAUCCAACAGACAAGAGAGUGGACAAAAGAUAUCUACUCUGAGAGUCUGAUUCCUUUCCUCGUGUCUUGGAUUCUGAAGUUGUUUGAUUCGCAUGUCCUUGCAGCAUUAACUGAUGAGGGGAAGUUUCUUCUUGCUGCGAGUAAGUUAAAGCACACCACUUGCACUGAUUAUAUUAUUUCUUUGCGCUCUGAUGAUAUGUCGAGGAGAAGCCAAGCUUAUGUUGGCAAAGUCAGAUCGAACUUCCUAGGAACUAAAUUCACAGUCUUCGACGGAAACAUGCUGCCGUCGUCAACGUCAACUGGACCCGCAAGGCUGAGAAAGAACCGAUCUUAUAAUCCCGCAAAAGCUUCAGCGAAAGUUCCCCUUGGAAGCUUCCCGGUCUCUCAUAUCACAUACGAGUUGAAUGUCUUAGGCUCCAGGGGACCAAGGAAGAUGCAAUGCGUGAUGGAUACAAUACCUACAAGUGCAAUGGAGCAACCUCGAGGAGUAUCAUCUUCAGAGCCAUCAGAGUUUCCUUACCUCGGUGGUUCUCAGUCAACUUUUUCCAGGUCUCAAUCGAAACCUUCACGCAGCAGCAGCAGCGGCGACUUAAGCCACCUGAAAGAGACACCGUUAGUGCUGAGCAACAAGACACCACGGUGGCAUGAGCAGCUACGUUGCUGGUGCUUGAACUUCCACGGCCGCGUCACAGUGGCUUCAGUUAAGAACUUUCAACUAGUGGCUGCGGCAGCUAGCAGCGGUGGCGAGGGGUUGUCACCGGAGAGGCAGAACGAGCGGAUAAUACUGCAGUUUGGGAAAGUUGGGAAAGAUAUGUUCACUAUGGAUUAUGGAUACCCAAUCUCAGCUUUCCAGGCCUUUGCCAUUUGCUUGAGCAGCUUUGAGACUAGAAUCGCCUGUGAAUAAUUUAUCAACACUUUGUUGUGGUUCCUUUUGUAAAAGAGUAUCUUCAAGCAUUUUGUAAAUUGUGAAAAAAACAUGGUCUGAUUCUGAUGUAUUUGAUGAUUUUGUUUUUGUUUGU